GGGGUGGCGAUGUCCUCGCUCCCUGGCAGGUUAGCCAGGUGACAUGGGGCCAGCCUGCCCCUUGGAUUGUGACACCCCUUCCCCACUUAUGACCUCACUCCCGGAGCGGCCAGUGGGAAUCCUGAGGGGUCUAUGAGGUCACCCCAUUCUGCUCCACAAAGACUCUCGUGGAGCACAGCUGUUGGCUCGUCUAUGUCCCACAGAAGCUUCUGAGACCCAAGGACUUAAGAGCUGUGGUCACGACGGAACUCCUGAGAGGGACGCGGAGUGUUCGGAACCAAGGACACUGCAAGUGCUGACUCUGGGAGGCCAGAACCAAGGGCAGAAGUCUUGUGGGCGUGAGGAGGGUCAUUCAGCAGUUCCGGGAGGCCCAAGAAGCUUACGGCCUGGCUUGGACACUGUCACCGUCGCCAGGCCACCAUGGUCCUUGGCUGGCUGUUGCUUCUGGUGAUGGCUUUGCCCCAGGGCACAAUAGGUGUCAAGGAGUGCAUCUUCUGUGAGCUGACAGACUCCUCAAACUGCCCCGGCUCCCACAUGCACUGUGGCGAUGACGAGAACUGCUUCAGGGGCCAAGGGACAUCCCCAGGCCUCGGCCCCAUCAUCAACAAAGGCUGCAUGAAAUCGACUUUGUGUGGCCGCGAGGAGCCUGUCACCUACCAGGGUGUCACCUACAGCCUCAUCUCCACCUGCUGCUACGGCCACCUGUGUAACAAGAGCCCCAUCCCUGCAGGCAGCUGGAUGGCAGGGGCCACCACCGGCCUGGCACUGGGUAUGCUGCUGCUGCUGCUCCAUUAGCUGUGACCAACAUAGAGGGCAAGGCCUGGGACUGGUCUCCCGGCUCCACUGCCCCCCGUGCCCUGCUUCCUCCCUUCCCCCAUUAGACGACCAGAGGCCCUGGACAACUUCAUGUGGCCCUGGCUCCAUCCAUUCUAGGGCUGUCCAGCAGGAGCCCAGGGCUCCGUGAAGCACCCUGAAGCCUGACUUAGUGGGGACCAUGCCCAGUGGGUUUGACUAUACUAUUUCAUUGCUUCUAAGGCGCACAUCUUUUCACAUUUUGAUUAGGAAAUUUCUUUGCAUCUGUGGCACCUAGAGUCGAUGAAAUAUGGUAAUAAUAAUAACAUUAAUAAAGGACAGCUGAUGUUUAUGGAGCACUUCUUACUUAUGUGACGUGUCGGGUAUCUCUCACUGAAUCCUUGUGCAGAGGUGGGACGGGAGAUUCUCUUGGAAACAUCUCAGUCUCAUUGCUGUUGGUUCUCAAAAUGUGGCCUCCAUACCAGCAGCAUUAGUAUCAACCAGGAACUUGCUAGAAAUGCCAAUCCUUGGGCCCCAUCCCUGGCUGAAUAAGGGUGGGACCAAAACUCUGUUUUAACAGAUUCCAACGCACGCUCAAGGCUGAAAGCCACUGGUCUAGGUCAGCAGUUCUUAACUGGGCUCUUCUGCCCCUCAGGGGGUCGGGGGAGGCGCGCCUAGCAAUGUUGGGAGACAGUUUAGGUUGUGAUAACCAGGGAAGGGGAUGCUACGACACCUACAGGGUAGAGGCCAGGGACACAGUUCAGCACCCGACAAUGCCCUGGAAAGCCUUCCACAACUUAGUCAUUGGUCCCCAAUGGGAAUAGUAACUCUUGUGAAACCUUGCUCUCAAGACACUAACCAUAUCAUCCCGUUCUGUUAGGGGGAAAACAGAGGCACAGAGGUGACAUUGUUGCCCAGUCACAUAGCUAGUAACUAACAGAGCUAGGAUUUGAACCCAGGCCAUCUGGGCCCAGAGUCCAUGCACCCCUGCCUCCCAUGCUAUGAUCCAAUGAAGUAGGUACUCAUCAUUCACACUUUCCAGAUGGGGAAACUGAGGCUCAGAGUGGGGAAGGCCCAGGAAGUUGCAGAGCCAGGAUCCAGAGUCAGCUGGAUCCCAAAGAGAGCCGAGGAGGGACAUCAGACGAUCUGAGGACCAAGCCAUGGCCCAUUUGCACAGCAGGGCUCACUGCUUUCCAAACACUCUGAGAGGUGGCGUUACUCAUCCCCAGGCAGAGCUUGGACUCCAAUCCAGGUCCUCCUGGUUUUGAAACUCCCACACACAAACUGAGGGCCCCAUUUUCCAGCUGAGGAAACACAGGGAUGAAGACUUACCACAGGCCACUAAACAGGCCAGCCACGGGGCCAGGGUGGGCACCAGGCAGGCCUGGCUCCAACCCCAAUCCAUCCUGCCUCAUGGUACCUCCUCUCCUGGCAGUGUUUAGACCCAUUUCACAGAUGAGGAAAGAAAGGCUGGGAAGUGGAUCCAACUGCUCUCUGAGCACGCUG